GACGCUAUUGUAGACUUCAUUUGUUCGUUUUUAAAUCUCGACUCUGUCAUUGGCUUAAAUUCCGACCUCAGCUCUCCUCCCCCGUAACUCUUACUAAGAGAAGUUUCUAAACCCACGAGGGGAAUUCACUUCUAAAAUCGCUUUAUUUGGUCGCAUCUUCAAACCUCACGGCGGAAAGCAUUUCUAUUUAGGUAUACAGGCAUUUACAUUUGGAAAGUUUUAGUUUAUGACCUUUUCAAGCUUGUAUAUUCGAUGUUUAGUAAUAAUAUAAAUAAUGCUAAUAAUAAUGUUGAAGUAUCAGUGGGCAUAAUAAUGACAAUAAUAAUAACUUUUUUAAGUAUACGAUACGUCACGAAUUCUCAAGCAUCAUAUAAUAAAGAUAACAAUAAAGAGGUGUUUUAAUUGGAUGCAAUAUUAAAGCUUUGGAAUUUCGUAACCCUCGAAAGACACUAAAAAAUAAAGAAAGCUUUUUAUCGUGAUAUUAAUCACACAUUUUCCACAAGAACUCUAAUAAUAGGACAGUGUUACUAAAAACGUUUUCCUCUUUCCAAAGGCACGGACUGUAUUCAAAUAGAUCUCGCGCACUUUCCGACAGCGCCAUUGAGCAGGGUAUAAAUUCCGUGAUUGUGUCUCUCAUUUGUUUGAUUGUGGUUUUCUCAUGCUGCUCAGCGGCGUCUCUCGGCAACACUCGCCACUUUCCGAUACUCAGUUUCCGGAACAUGCUCCAUAAAUGGGUGAAAGGGGUGUUACAGUUUACCGGAUAAAACCAUUUAUGGCAUGAACAUGAACCGGAAUUCCUGACUGCAAAUGCUACAUUGCAGCAACAUUUUCAAUAUUCUCACCGGAUGCGAUAGUUUCAUUCAAGUACACGGUCACACUUGCGUUCAAUUAAAUACUACAGUGUUUAAUUAAUGAAGAAAAUGCAAGUUGUUCGUUUUUCCGUGAAGCAAAAUGCUUUUCAUACUCAGUCGGCUUGUAAAGAGCGGAUUCUCCAUUGACAAGUGUUGUUUCAACGCGUCACUAGAUCCGCGACCAAUCAGAUCGGGCAGCGCUUUUUCUCUUUUGCCAUCCAGUCCUUAUUUGGUCAGUGACGUAACGGCACAUUGAUGGGCUCGCCAUAAAUACAUACUACCAGCAGCUCCGCAAGGAUCUGUCAUUCAAGAGCGCUGAGCGGCGAGGUGGUGUCACAGUGAGUUAGUGACAGCUUCACACAUGUAACGCUUUUAAAGUUUUGAGAACCAAAAGUGACCAAUAUUUGCACUUUGCGAACAUCCUAACGAGUGCCUCAAGAAAACUGAACGAUGACAGCCAAAACUUUGGAGAAAGCCCAUAUAGCUCUUGGAGGCUUUGUGCACCCUCUCUCCGAAAGCCUCUACUCGGUGGAUGAGAUCGCCACGUCUCUGCCAGCAUCUGUGACUAUAUUUCCAAACGGUGAUUUGGGAGGACAUUACGAGCAGAUAAACGGGCAUUCGGGAGAUGGCUUGAUCGGCGUUGAUAUGAGCACAGAGAAGCGAUCUCUCGACCUGUCCUAUCCCAGCAGCUUCGCGCAAGCCGGCCAUCGCAACCAAACUUUCACCUAUAUGGGAAAGUUCUCCAUCGACUCCCAGUACCCAGGAAACUGGAACCCGGAGGGCGUGAUAAACAUCGUGAGCGCGGGGAUCCUGGGCAUGACCCAGCCGUCUUCAGCAUCUUCUUCACCUGCGUCCUCAGUCUCUCCCGGCCACUUCGCCAGCACUCUCAGUUGCACCAUGGCACAAAACCAGUCCGACAUGGAACACAUCUACUCUCCUCCACCACCCUACUCUGGAUGUGGAGAGGUCUAUCAAGAUCCAUCCGCGUUCCUCUCCACCUCCACCUGCCCCAUCUCCUAUCCUCCGCCGUCCUACUCGUCACCAAAACCGAACUCGGACUCUGGGCUGUACCCCAUCAUCCCGGACUACUCCGGCUUUUUCCAGCCUCCGUGCCAGAGGGACAUGCAGUCCAUGCCCGAUCGCAAACCGUUCUCGUGCCCACUGGAGUCGUUCCGCGUUCCCCCUCCGUUAACACCCCUGAACACGAUAAGAAACUUCACACUGGGGGGACCGGUGUCUGACGGACCAAGGGUACCCACAGCCUACACCCCGCAAAACUUGCCCCUCAGGCCCAUUCUGCGCCCGAGGAAAUACCCCAACAGACCCAGCAAGACCCCCGUUCACGAGCGCCCGUACCCCUGCCCCGCGGAGGGCUGCGACAGACGCUUCUCCAGAUCCGACGAGCUAACCAGACACAUCCGCAUCCACACCGGCCACAAACCCUUCCAGUGUCGGAUAUGCAUGAGAAACUUUAGUCGCAGCGACCACCUCACGACCCACAUCCGCACGCACACCGGCGAAAAGCCGUUCGCCUGCGACUUUUGCGGGAGAAAGUUUGCGCGCAGCGACGAGAGAAAGCGACACACGAAAAUCCACCUGCGACAGAAAGAGAGAAAAUCCUCCGCGUCCUCCGGCUCAGAACGCAACAUCACCAUGGGCUCGUCCGCGGGCAUCUGUUCGUCCACUUCAAGCCAGUAAACUUCCAGCUGGACUUUGCGAUAUCCAACACUAUCUAGGCAAUAGAACAGUGACCACAAUAGUAAUAAUAAUAAUAAUAAUAAUGGACUACUCGUAAUAUAUUAAAACUGGGACGACUGAUGUAGUGAAAUCCAACCACAGUGCCAAAAGCCACGGGGACGCAUUGCGCGCGCCCACUUUAAAGGUGGUGCGUGUUGUCUUUCUUGCUACAUUUAUUUUUGCAUCAGUCACAUGCCGACUGACGAAACGCACUUUGUUUGAACAUUUAGGCGAAUUUUAAUCUAAUUGAAUAAAAAAUAAAACAACCUUAAACUGCACGUGGGAGUAUUGUGCACUCGACUCAAAGGGGUGCGUUGAGUGGAUGCUGUCAGGCACCUUUCAGCUUUUGCAUCUGGAAAAGUUUAUUUCAAUCUAAAAGAAAACAAACCUUCACAUGUGUAACUUUAACAAUGAGCUUGUAACAUGACUAUUUCUCCCAGUGUUGUGCCUUUCGCCGUGUACAUAAACCCCGAACUAUGAAUGAAAUUGUACAUUAUCCUUUAAUAUGAAAGUUUUCGAAGAUAUAUUUUUGUACAAAUUGUUUCGUGCCAAAAGUGUUUGUGGUUAAAACAAAGACUGUAAAUAGUUAACUCUUGACGUUUGUUGUGUGAUUGUUCUGACUGAUAUAAUCGUGUUUGUUUUGACUAAAUCAAUAAUGUCCGAACUACUGAAAAUAAAACACAUGAAUUAAGAAGG